GGGACUUUGAGGGCGUGUGCAUGCGGGGCCACCAGAAAGCCAAAGUGCUACCAACCGCUGACGACGAUCCAUUUGAUUCCAGCACUCGCGUGAUUGGUCGACCUCCCAAACCUGGUUUCGUUGACCUGGACGAUGAAGACGUUGAUGGGUUUAUCACAACUCAUGUGACAGCGUUUUCUCCCCGUCAAGACUGGAAUGACAUUGAAGCUACGUUGUCGAAAAGGCUGGCCCUGAAUCUGGACGGAGGCAGCGGAGAUCCUUCUCGUACUUCUGGGCGAACAAAUCGAAUCGACCAAGAAGGAGUAAACGAAGAGGACGACGACGACGUCGUGGAUGGAUUCUUGAGCGAAAGCCCCGAGUACCAGCAAAUGAACUUGGAGAAAAAAAUCGAGCGGUAUGCGACGCAGUUGCAAGAGAUGAAGUCUCGCAUGGCCAAGUGGCAAGCUCGCCGGACGGCAUACCAGGACUGCAUCAAGCAGUUGGAAACCCGGCUAAAAGACCAAGCGGCGGCGUUUGCCGAGCAGGAAGACGCGUGGGAGAAGGAAGCGAUGGCCAUGUCAUCCCAGUUUCAGCGCACCCCCAACAAAUUCCAAAACACGGUCGUCCACAACGCCGGUCGCGAUGAGCUCGAACGCCAACGAAACAAGGAAGCCCUGCGGCAAAUGAUCCACGGCGCCGCCGAUUUUGAAGACGAAGGCGCCGGCGACGACCUCGGCGACGUGCGCAAGUCGCGCCGCCAGCGUCUGCUUUUGCUUGUCCGGCGCUUCAAUCCGCUCGUGCACGACAUCAAGCAAAUCGACGCUCGGUUCGGGUCGAGUGUGUCGGCGUACUUUGGGUUUUGCCGGUGGGUGAUGCUCAACUACUUGUUGUUACUCGUGCCCACGCUGUACAACGUUGCGAUUCACGUCGUGGAACUGGCCAACCAGAACUACACGGAUUGGGCGGCUUUUACGGGCACGACGCCGACGUUUCUCUUGUAUCCUAGCUACACCCCCCACGAGGCAUUGCACUACAGCGUGUACUUGACGGCCGUGUGUGCCUGUUUCUUGUGUAUUUCGUCGCACAAGUGGUUGCGUGAAGAUCGAGUGGCCAAACUAGUGCAUGCAGCCGAUGAACGGCAUCAAUACAAAUUUAGCAAGCUGCUGUUGAAUGCAUGGGAUUUUGAAACGUCGUCGCCACAGGAUGCAGCGGAUUGGCGCAAAGGUAUUGGCGAAGCGCUCGAAGUUGCUCUGUACGACAACGUCAAGCAAGAAAAGAUUCAAACGCGAAGCAGGGAAGACCGGUAUCGGCUAUACGCGCGGCGGGCCAUUGCAGCGUUGGUGUACAUGAUUACACAGAGCACGUGUUGGGGCCUCAUUGUCCUUUUGACGGUGUUUUCAUCCAAGUUGCAGCUCACCAUCAAACAGAAAGUGCCAGCGUUGACUGCUUACGCCACGAGUAUCGUGCCGCUCGGGGCCGCCGUGAUCAACGGGGCACUGCCGCCGAUUAUUUCCACGUUGACAAAGUUUGAAAGGUGGGACGACCAAGGGUUUGAGAUCAAAGCCAUGGUCACGCGGUUGUUUCUGGCCAAGGUGCUCAAUAUUUUGAUCCAGCUGUGGUCGUACGGGAUGCUCCUGGACCCGUACAUGCUCACGACGGACGUGGCGCCGUUCGAUUGGCUGCCGCUGCCGUUUGAGAUUCGGAGUAGCGUCAUGAUCAAGUUCAAGGGCGACACAUACGCGUGUCGGGCGGAGCAGGUCGCGUCUGGCCUGAUCAUCCUCGUCUGGACCGACUUUGUCGUGUCCAAAGUGUCGGGCAUCGCCACGGCAAGUGUGAAAAUCGGACUCGCCAAGAUCCACAAGUACCGCCUUAAGCGGAAAAACGCCAAUAUGUUAUCGACGAGCCAAUCAGUGUCCGACACGAGGGCCGAGUUUGUUUUAGCCCCAAAGAUGGUUGCGCUCAUGUACUCGUGCACGUUGUACCAGUUUUCAAUUCCGCUGGCCCCCGUCACAGCCGUCACGUCGCUUGUGAUGCUCGUGCUGAGCUUCAAAUUCGAUAAAUUUUACCUCCACACGUUUCAAAAGAAACCUGUGACACCGUGGAGUGCCAAGGACGCGGGCACGUUUUUCAUCAAAUUGUAUUGGUCCACUGUGCUCAUCUUUCUCGGGUGCAUGUACUGGUUUGUCACCAAUACGACGCUGCCCAAGCUGUGCUCUCUGCAAGAAGCCAACAUCUCCAGCUCCUUGUGCAUACCUGGCAGCUUGAUUAACAACUCGACCGUGUGCACCAUCACCACGACUAACCACACCAUGAGCACGUACUUUAUGUCUCAGGUGGGGUCCACGGACGACUUGUCCGAGUGUAAAACGGGGUACCCCGCCUGUGUAUGCAGCGGAAACUUGGCGUGCGGUCCGUUUGUGAAUGAAUAUACUGGAUAUGGUCCCUUGGCUCAGGUGCUGUCAACGUACGACGGGGUCAAGACUGCGUUUGAGCUUUCGACCAAUCAAAUCGCGUUUGUGUGGGCUGUUGUGGGCGUCUUAUUCAUGCAAGUGAUGCUCAAGGGCAACUCAUUGCUGGCGAUAGAGCUCGUGAGCUCACUAAAAGACCAAGAAAGCAAGAGUCAACUGACGACGCUGCUAAAGAAACUCAAAGCGCAGGACAAGAAACUCAAGCUACAGCGUCUACAGAAUUAACAACUCUAGUCGUCGAAUUUCCCUUUUUUCGUGGAAUACACUAUCAAGUGUCAGAACAUCACAUGCAUCGUAUCUACUACGCAGUAUUAUUACGACGAAACACGGUAAUUCUAAC